GCAUGGCAGAGGACCUGGGGCUGGGCUUUGGGGAGACAGCCAGCGUGGAAAUGCUGCCCGAGGAUGACAGCUUCAGGCCCAAGGCCAGAGCUAGGCUGGCAGCCAGGGCCAGCAGCUCCGGCUGGGCUCUCACCUGUUGCCUGGUGUCACUCCCCAUCCUGGCAGGACUCACCGCCUACCUGCUUGUUGGCCAGCUCAGAACCCAAGGAGAGGCCUGUGUGUUCCAGACUCCAAAAGCACAGGAAUUUGGACCUUCACAUCAGCGAGCUUACGCACCUCCCAGAGCUAGUGGAGAUAAGCCAAGGGCACACCUGACAGUUGUGAGACAAACGUCCACACAGCCCUUGAAUAAUCAGUUCCCAGUUCUGGAUUGGGAACAUGAACUUGGCUUGGCCUUCACCAAGAACCGGAUGAACUACACCAAUAAAUUCCUGGUGAUCCCAGAGUCGGGAGACUACUUUGUUUACUCCCAGAUCACAUUCCGAGGUAUCACAUCCAAAUGUGGUGAAAUCAGCAAAGGGAGCCGAGCAAACAAGCCAGACAUCAUCAUUGUGGUCAUCACCAAGGUAACGGAGAACUACCCCGAACCCACUCAGCUCCUAAUGGGGACCAAGACAGUGUGUGAAAUAGGUAGCAACUGGUUCCAACCCAUUUAUCUAGGAGCCAUGUUCUCCUUGCAAGAAGGGGACAAGCUGAUGGUGAACGUCAGUGACAUCUCUUUGGUGGACUACACUAAGGAAGAUAAAACCUUCUUUGGAGCCUUCUUGCUAUAG